CUGGCACACUGGCAAGUCGCAGCAGCUGAGAACAGCUUUGCACGCUCGGAGCUGCUGCCUGCUUCCUUCAGCCUGACGCGGGACUCUGGUGUUUGGACGUUCAGUAUUUCUUUUUGGGUUUCCUAGAGCCGGCUAACAGCUGAAAGAACGACUACAGGGCGCUCCUGCUGAGUUGCCGGCCGGCUUUUUGGAUCUGAUCACAACUGGACAGGCGGGCUGGGGCUAAACAGAGGAUUGUAAAGAGGAUCAGAGAGGCUGUGGUGUUGUCUGUGUAACUGACGACUGAUCUACAAGACUUGCCUUUUGGAUUUAAAAAAGGAAAAAAGAAAAAGACUGACCCUGACCCACAGUCUCUCACUGUUCUGGAUCACAGCUGAGUUAAUAGAGGUGGUCUGCACAAGGCUGGUGUGGAGGAUCUGACCCCAACUGACCCUGUCUCGCAAGUAGCCUUUCACUGAGCCUGGACUGGGAAAAGGGACAAAUAAAAGUGCAAGAGAGGUGUCGUGGAGGACAAACGAAAGGCAGAAGAGCAGCACAGCGACCGCUCGUGCAGAAUGCCAGUGGAGACCCUGCGGCCCUCAGAUGGCCGUCUGGCCGGGGUCCCCUUUACCUCUGCCAUGCCUUUCAGGAUACUCAACAAGGGUCCGGAUUAUUUCCGCCGACAGGCUGAGCCCGGGGCCCGCAAACUGAGCGCCGUGGAGCGCCUGGAGGCCGACAAGGCCAAGUAUGUUAAAAGCCAGCAGGUGGCACUCACCCGCCAGGCCCCCAUCCAGCCUCCAAUCAUCCGCAAGCCCCUCGUCCCUUCGGGGAUGAUGAUCAACACCCCUCCAGCCCGGAAAGUUAACCGAUCGCCGGCUGAGGGGGAGAACACUGCAGGCAGGCAGGGAGCAGGAGACAGGAGACGACCUGCUCUAAACUUGGAUAUUCUAAAUAACCUAAUCAAUGACGUAUGUGAUGGACCAUCACAUUGUUCCCAGUCCUCUUCCUCCACCUCCCCUUCCUCGUCAUCUCCAUCAUCGGGAGCUAAGAGCAUCGGUAGCAGUCUUUCAGGAGAGCAGGAGAGGAGCAGCCGACUCUCCAACAACCUCAAACCUUUGAAUCAUGCCCUCGCCAACUCAUCGUCAACCUCCUCCUGCACCUCUUCUCCACUCAACAAUCAUCUUCGGACGGCGGCAGCAGAAGUGACUCGACGUCCGCCCCCUGUGCCAGCUCGCGCCCCCCACUUUGGCGUUCCAGUUCCCUACAGCUCCCCUAACUCGGUGACAGUACGCAGGGUGGACGUUCGGCCUCAGGCUGAUAUACGGAAGCCCCAGAGAGCUCAGCUGCAGCCACAGCUCAGGCCCAGACAGACACCCCAGGGCCAAGUCGCACACCCCCAAGUCCCACCCCCGUCACCCCCUCCCCCCUCUCAGAAUCAACCGCAACCCCUCCCUCAGUCAUCCCAAGCCAUCCCCGCCCCUUCAGCCUACCUGCCACCUAGUCCAAUGCUAGUCCGAGCAGGCAUGAUCCCUCCAGCCUCACCCGCUUUCACCCGUAUCUCAAACGCCAGCUCCAAGGGGUCUGCCCGCAAGCACCCGUCACUGCACCGCUCCAAGUCGGACCUGAGUGACCGCUACUCCCGUGCCACAGCCGACCUGGAGCGUUUCUUUAACUACUGCGGGUUAGACCCCGAGGAGGUGGAGGGUAUGGGCGGAGUGGAGCGCUUCACGAGGGCCAACUCAGACAUUGUGUCAGUCUCCAAGCUCCGAAGCGUCAGCACGCCCAGCUCAGAGUGUGGGGACGACCGGGUCAGGGAGGACGAGGACGACGAAGACGACGGUCCGUCAAGGGCCAACGAGCGGGUCCCGUAUGGCAUCUCUGUCAUCGAGAGGAACGCUCGAGUCAUCAAGUGGCUAUACGGCAUCCGACAGGCAAGAGAUUCUAACAACGCCGUCUCUAACGUAUAGACCGACAGGGACUCGGACUCCUGUUUGUUCAUCUUUUGCUGCCUUACGUUACAGAUGCGGAUAAUCCUGCAGUUGAUGUGUUUCCUGUAAAGACUUUCUUUUUUGUUCUCAGAAUUUCACAUCAGAUGUUUAGAACUGGGCUGCAAGUCAGGACUUGCAGCGGAAGAUGCACCCCCCCCUCUCCCUUUUGUAGGUCUUGUAUAACAAUAUUGGUAUUGAAAGCAAUAAUAGUCAGAGAAUGGUGAGGAUGAAGGCAGAGGAUGAUUGCGAUAGGGUCUCCUUAUGUAAAGGUACUCUGUGCGUGUGUGCGUGCAUGUGUGUGUGUGUGUGUGUGUUGGCACAAAGGCAGACUGCCACUGAGCAAGCCAGGAAGAAAACCACGUUGAUACUGUGAAACUUUUUCACACAAAAAGCUUCUACGAUCAUAUUCCUGUUUUUUUUUUUUGUUUGUUUUUUUUUUUGUUUUUUUUUUGUUUUUUUUUUUGUUUGUUUUGUUUUUUUUGGGUUUUUUUUUUUUUUUUGUUUUUGUUUUCAAAAACCUUUUAGGCUGUUGGACUGUUAUUAUACACGUUUGUGUCAGCAUGCAAGUGAAUCGUUUGUAUACAUUAUAUUUUAGGGUAUGUCAUCAAGCACACGUCUUCCUUGCACACAAGUUCACUGCACUGACUCACGUUCAGGUCAAUUACAGUUAGUGCUGUCUGUAUAUCGGAGUGCAACGUCUUCUAAUUGUGCGCAUCCGCAACACUUUCUCACAUUGUGGCUCACGCUGUGCUGGUGCAGCCCGAGAAAUCAGUUUGCUGUGUAUGUCCCUGCACGGAUGAGAGCAAGUCAUAUGAUGAAGGAUGAGCUCACAUGUAGACGGUUGAAGUAAGUGUAGCAUGACAAAGAUAUUUAGCCUCCAGGGUGGGAAAAAAUUGGAGGGAAAAACGAAAAGAUGGAUGAAAGGAAGACUGAAAAGAGAAUACUCAUGGAUCAAAAGAAAAAAGAAAAGCUAUCUUUGCUGUAUGAAUAUGUCUGCGGCUCUGAAAGUGUCUCAGGAAGAUGGCAUACUAACAAAAUGGACCAAUAUUUAUUUGGAAAAUGUAAUUUAAUGUAUUUUUAAUAUUGGAUGACUUUGUGUACAGAAUUCAAUCUCUGUUCUUAAGUGCAAUCUGAUGGUGUUUACUAGAAUCACAGUAUAUGUAGGAUGACAGUUAAAUCCAGGAAGGAGACACAUGCAAAGUGUGAAUGUUGCACCUGUCUCUCUGUGGGGAGCACAGAAAGUGAGACUGUUGUGUAUUUAUUCAACUUCCUGUUUGUCUGGGAACAAGAGGUCUGUCUCCUCCCUCACCCUGUGUGAGUUCUCUCGAGUUCUCCUCUGCAUCUACCGCCUUCGUAAGCUAUCCAGCAGUGUGAGUGGCGGUCACGUUUCCUCAGACGAGAGGGCCGGAGAACACAGGAGCUGUGACGGUGGUGAACAAAGUAUGCUGUUGAAUCCAUCACUCAAUGCCCAAAGAGUCUUCAAGAGAUGAGAGAUGGAAAAUGCUUUACCAUGGUGUAUUCUGAGCAGUUAAUAAAAAAAC